GGCUUUCGUUAGUUACACAUACAACAAAUAUUGGAAAUCCUUUUUAAUUUUUUUUCUUUUCGUGUGUCUGGUUUUCGUAUUUAUGUGUCUCUUCUCCUAGAUCGUCGAAUUGUGAGAAACAUGAAUGAAUAUUUAGAUAAUGCCAGACGCAACAUUCAACGGACGAUGAACAGCAGUUACCACUCCCUAUCGGAGGUGGCCUCAAUGGCCAGUUCCCUGGCCGCGAGUACCGGGAGCCAGCUAUACAGCAGCCUGAUGAGCCUGAAGGCACAGGUAAUACCGUCCGCCAAUGAGCCAAUAUCGCCGGUGCCAUCCGCAUCAGAAUUGGGCACGUCGACAAUACCCUCGAGCUCACAGCAGAUACGACUGAUUAGUGUGGUAUGUGGCUUUCCCAAGGACAUCGGCAUGUAUCCAGACUACGCGCGAGGGCAGUUUGGCGAGGACGCUUGGUUUAGGACCUCCACAUCCAAGGCGGACGCGUUGGGCGUGGCCGAUGGCGUCGGCGGCUGGCGGGUCUACGGCAUCGAUCCGGGCCAGUUCAGCCGUUUCCUGAUGCGCUCCUGUGAGCGUCUGGCCCACAGCGCUGACUUUGAGUCGACCAGACCCGAACAGCUACUUGCACGCGCCUACUGCAAUCUACUGGAGCAGAAGAAACCGAUCCUGGGCAGCUGCACCGCCUGUGUGCUUACCCUGCACCGCGACAGUGGCAUACUCUAUGCGGCAAACAUUGGGGACAGCGGCCUUCUGGUCAUACGGAAUGGUGCCAUUGUCUGCCGCUCCUUGGAACAGCAGCAUCAUUUCAAUACGCCAUACCAGCUGGCGGUGCCGCCUCCCGGACAAGGCCUCAAUGUACUGACCGAUGGGCCAGAGUGUGCCGCACUGCUGGAGUUUGAUAUGCAAAUUGGGGAUAUACUCAUAUUGGCCACCGAUGGCGUCUACGACAAUGUGUCGGAGGACCUGCUGCUGCAAGUGCUCACCCAUGCCUCCGGUGUCACAGAUCCCGUCAAGCUACAGAUGUUUGCCAAUUCGGUGGCUCUGAUGGCCCGUUCGCUCAGCUUCAAUCCCAACCACGAGUCGCCCUUUACCCAGAAUGCCAGACGCCACAACAUCGAUGCGCCUGGCGGCAAGCCCGAUGACAUCACCGUCGUUCUGGCGAGCGUUGUUUAAAAUAGAUGCCCACGAUGAUUAUGAAUAUACAGUCAGUACAGUUAUUCACACAAGACCCCAUAA